AUGAUUUUGAAAUUCGAAAAAGCUAUCAACAAAAAUCAAGAGCAACGCAUGCGAUACGCUGAUGACCCAACGAAAUUCAUGGAAUCCGAAGCUGAUCUCGACGAGGAGAUCAAGAAUUUGCUAAGCCUGACCCAGGCACCGCAUUUGUAUCCAGAGAUUGUGAAGCUCGGCAGUGUUUCUUCCUUGCUAUCGCUGCUCAGUCACGAAAACAACGAUAUUGUCAUUGACGCCAUUGAUCUUAUCAACGAAUUGACGGAUGAGGAUGUCGGUACUUCCGAAGAUGAAUUGGAACGUAACCAGGAGGCUACCCAAGGCAUGAAAGCCUUGGUCGAUGCACUGUUGAAAAACGAAUUAUUAGAAUUGUUGGUGCAAAAUCUCGGACGGUUGGAUGAAAAUGAGGAAGCCGAUCGUCAAGGCAUCUUCAAAUUGCUGGGCAUUUUUGAAAACCUCUUGGCAUUGGACCCUUCCUUGGCAGAACGCAUUGCGCUGAAAACCGAUCUUUUACCAUGGUUGUUGAAACGCAUCCAGACAAAAGGCUUUGAUUCCAAUCGAGGCUAUGCAAGCGAGAUUUUAUCCAUUUUACUACAAGAAAGACGAGAUAUCCGAUUAAAGUUGAGCGAUUUGGGCGGUGUUGACACCUUAUUACGUGCAUUAUCAGCCUAUAAACGCAAAGAUCCCCAAGAUGAAGAUGAAGCAGAGAUGGUUGAAAACUUUUUUAAUGCCCUGUGUUCCAUGUUGAACGAGCCAGAAGUCAAGCAACUAUUCUUGGAAGCCGAAGGAGUGGAAUUGAUGCUCAUCAUGUUAAGAGAACGAACAUUGGCGCGUAUCCGUGCAGUCAAAGUGUUAAAUUAUGCUCUUACGGGAGAAGCGGGAAGAGGCAAUUGUCUUCGACUGGGUGCCAAAAAGUUAAAAAAAUCUCACAAGGAAUAUGUAGAAUCUGAAGAUGAAGAACACAUUAUGUGCAUUAUUUUAUCGUUGAUGAGAAAUCUGUCACAAGACGAUCUCCAACGUAUUCGACUGAUCCGAAAAUUCAUUGACGACGACUAUGAAAAAGUGGACCGUUUAGUAGAAAUGAAGGAGCAAUACGAAGCUCGCGAUCAGAGAGUCCUAGCGGAAAUUGAAGAGGAAAAGAAGGAUAUGGAUGAAGAGGAAUUGGAAGAAUUUGGAGACGAAUUCUAUAUUCGACGACUGGAUGCCGGGUUAUUCACGCUACAACGAGUGUGCUUGGUGAUUGCAGCAUUGAGUAUUGAAGAUGUCGGUAUUAGAGACAAAGCCAUGAUGUUGCUAAAACGUAUGGGAUCGGAUAUGUCCAGUGUCACCCGCAUCAUUGAAGAAGAGACAGCACUAUUGCAAGACUUUGUGUAUCUCAAGAAUGUAGCUACCGGCGGAGCCACAGCUGCCACGCAAUCAACCGAAGCGUCCAUCAAGAUGGACUCCGCGUCCAACCCUCCUCAAGAGACCCAGUAA